AUGCCGCCUGCCAGGACUGGCGCGCCGUCCAACGGGACCAAGAUCCUCAUGCCCUCGGUGAGACCCAUCGAUUACAUCAACGGAACGGCCGAGGAAAAGGCGGCGGCCAUCAAAGCGGCUGGUCUUCCUUCGGAUCAUCCCAACUUUCAUCGCAUGUAUGAACUGACCGCGUAUCGUGAGGCCUACUCGCCGCCACGCCAUUCGCGCCAUGGCGCCACCCAGCUGAUGCAGGAGAACGAGCGCGAGUCGGCGAGCCAGCACGCUGCCCGCAACAUCGAGGAGGGCCGCAAGCUUGCCAUGGGCUCACUCUCGCGCGACGCCUAUCUCGGCCUCAAGCAGGCGCUCCAGCGCGGCUCGCUGGCCACGCCCAGUGCCUUUGCCGCCAUGAUGCAGGAGGACGCCGCCGCCGCCGCCGUUGCGCCGCCUGCACCGCCUGUCGCUGCCACUCCGCCGCCUGCACAGAACCACAUGGAGACUCGGCGCGAUCUACAGUACGAGCUGCAGCAACAAGCUGCAUACGAGGCGGCUAUGGCCGAGCAGGCUGCGUACGAGCAGGCGCAGCAGCAGGCUGCGUACGAGCAGGCUGCGUACGAGCAGGCCCAGCACCACCAGACCGCAUACGAGCAGGCCCAGGUCGAGGCCCAGUACCGCACGGCCGAGACACCGGCACCUGACCGCGCACGCCAUGCAGCCGAGACACCUGGCCCGGCAACGGUGUACGAUUCGGCGCACGAGGCGCAGGCCGAGUACGAGCAUCGUCACUCUCCUCGGGCCCAGCAGACUGCCCCGGCGGCGCCUUCCUCUGACGGUGCCAGCGACGACUUUGAGUACUACUUUGAAGACGUGGUUGUUGCCGAUCCGCAGGCCGAGCUCCGCGCGUAUCAGGAGGAGCAGAAGCGCAAGGUCCUCGAGUUCAACAAGCGCAUGCUUGAGGAGAAGCAGGCUGCCACAGCGCGUGCUCGCAUGCUCGAGUUGCAGGAGGCCGAGAACGAGCGCCGCCGCGACGCCGCUGCUGCCGCCGCCGAGCGCGCCCGCGCUGCCGCCGAGAAGCAGCGGCAAAUCGAGGCCGCUCAGGCCCAGCUGGCGCAAGUGGAAGAGCGUCAGCGGCGCGAGGCCCAGGCCACCUACGCCGAGCAGAUGGCUGAGCGCCGCCGGCUCGAGGUGCUUGCGCAGCGCGACGCGCUCACCGCCACAUACGCCGACAACUCGGACAGGCGUGAGCUCGCACAGACGCUACAGGAGCAGAUUGCUGCUCGCCGUGAGCGCGAGCUGCGGCAGCGCGCCGCUGAUGCCGCCGUCCACUACGAAGGCUCUCUUCCGCUCAAGCCGGCGUACUCGACCGAGGCUGCUCGCUCCGCGCAAGAAAAGUACCGUCAGGAGCUGCAAGCCCAGAUUGCACUCACCCGCGAGCGUCGCAUGCAGGAUGCCCUCCGCGAGCUGCAGGAGGACACCCAGCGUGCCCGCGACGUCGAUGCCCGCAACUCAACCGCCAACUUUGACUGGAACGAGCACCGCGCCGCUGUCCGCGCCAAGCUUCAGGCCGAGUGGGAGGCCAACAUGGCCGCCAAGCAGGACCGCGAGAUGCGUGAGCGCCUCGCAGACAUCCAGGACGCCCGCACCGCCAUCGAGCGCGACGUCGCCGCCGCCGCCGCAGAGCGUGAGGCCAAGAUUCGCGAGCAGGAGAACAGCCGCAAGAUGGUCUCUGUCCUCCAGGCCCAGAUGGCCAACAAGCGCGAGCGCGAACUCCGCGAGGCCCUCUACGAUGCCCAGUUUGCCGCCCCGGCCAUCACCAUCAACGCCAAGGGCCAGUACGUCCAGCGCGUCCGCCGCAAGCGUCGCAAAGCUCCUCGCCAGAGCAAUGCCUGAUCCAUCCAUGCAUCUGCUCCUCUCUCGCCUGCCCAUCAAACGUCAACGCCCUCUUCCCUCCAAAACUCCCAACCCCCCAA